AUGAUUCUAUACUCAAUCAACAAACCAACAAUCGCAUCGAAAACAAUAUCACCGCGCAGGACUUCACCCGACCCAUGCAGUCCCACAUUGAAGGCUACUCUCAACUGUAAACUCUCAGUCUGGCGGAAACUCCGUGCGCGUAUUGCCCCGCAUCAUCCAGCCGCCUCCACAUCCACCGACACUCCCACUUUUCACUUGUUUCAUAAUGCCUUGCGAGUCAACUUAGCCUCGCGCUACCACAAGUACGGCUCGCGCGAAUCGAAUCGGACCUUGAAUCACAAUGACCUGCCCGAAUCGCUAGUCCCCAAAGCAGAAAUCACAAUGACCAAGGUGGUGGUUCUACUGAGCGUUCUGAUCGUCGUGGUGGUGAGUGCGGGGCCUGCCUGGAAGGAAGUCCAGCGCGGAGGGGGCCUCAAAGUGGGCUCCGAGCGAGGCAAAAACUCCUCCGCUUCCAGAGGCAACGGGCUCAAGAUCGGGGGCAGCACCAGGGGCUUCCGGUCCACCACGGCCUCCGCUCCGGAAGAGGAUCACAUCCAAGCACCUACUCUGCCUUCUAUACCACCGGGGAUCAUGGAUCUUCAUGUGGGGCUGGUGGUCCCGUACAAGAGUUUCGGGACGAGGGAGUAUACGAAGUCUGUUACUAGUGCCAAGGCGUAUGUUUCCAGGAAGCUGAAGCUGUUCAAGCACUAUGACAUCAAGGUGCAUUACGUGAUGAAGCAGAUGACUCCGAGUCCAACAGGUAGGAAAGGAGUAUGA